AUGGGGCCCCGCGGACUGGCGAAGGCUUGUGGGGACAUCCGGGACGAGGAGCUGAAGAAGUUCUGUUCCCGGGUCGUUAACCUGCUGCAGAAGGACGAGCUGGGGCCCGACGCCGUGGACGCCCUGCAGAGGCUCUUCCUCAUCGUGUCAGCCACAAAAUACAAGAGGAAGUCACCCUGGGACGACAGGUCGGAGCUGGAGGGCUCCACGCUGUCCGUGCUGUCGGCCGGCUCCACCGCCGGCCGCCUGCUGCCCCCGCGGGAGCGGCUGCGGGAGAAAGCCUUCGAGUACUGUCAGCGCCUGGCGGAGCAGAGCACCCGGCGAGCCCUGAGGAAGGGGGACUCAGACCUGCAGAAAGCUUGCCUGGUGGAGGCCGUGCUGGUGCUGGACGUGCUCUGCAGGCAGGACCCCUCCUUCCUGUACCGCACCCUGUCCUGCCUGAAGGCCCUGCACGCGCGCCUCUGCGGGGACCCGGCCCGAGUGCGGACGCUGCUGCCCAUCGCGCAGUUCUUCCUGAACCACGGGGAGGCGGCCGCAGUGGACUCUGAAGCCAUCCUCCGGCACCUGCUCACCAGGACCCCCUCCGAGUUCUUCCACAGCCCCAUGCUGGCCUUCGAGCUCACGUGCUUCUGCAGAGACAACCUUCCCCUGUUUGGCAGGAACCUGGACAUUCUCAAACGGAGCUUCCCAAACCUCUUCAAGAUGGUCACAUCCGGUCAGCCCUUCAUCCGGGAGCCUUGCCUGCUGUGCGCAGCCCUUUGGGUGCUGAGCUCGCGGUUCCUGGCCCUGUGCGCGCUGCACCCGUCACUGGUGGUGGAGCUGGCGAAGGAGCUGCUGGAGUUCGUGGGGAGCGUGAGCGGGAUCCAGGGCCGAGGGGCCAUGCUCGCCUCCGUGGUGUGGGCCGUCGGCGAGUACCUGUCCGUGUCGUGGGACCGGCGGUGCACCGUGGAGCAGAUCAACAGGUUCUUCGAGGCCCUGGAGGCCGUGCUGUUCGAGGUCACCCAGUCCCGCCCGUCGGCCGCCCUCCCCAGGUGUCCCCCGCAGGUCGUCACCGUGCUCAUGACCACGCUGACCAAGCUGGCCUCCCGGAGCCAAGACCUGAUUCCCAGGGUCUCUCUGUUCCUGUCGAAGAUGAGGACCCCGGCCCAGAGCCCAGCCCCGAGCUCCACGAGCCGCGAGGAAGACGCGGGAGCCGUGCGCACGCGGGCCGCUGAGCUGCUGACCCUGCUGAAGAUGCCCAGCGUGGCCCAGUUCGUGCUCACGCCCAGCACGGAGGUGUCCGAGCCCCGCUACCACCGCGACGCCAACACGGCCCUGCCCCUGGCCCUGCGCACCGUCAGCCGCCUGGUGGAGAAGGAGACGGGCCUCCUGCCGGGGUGA